AUGAUCAAACGCGAAGGUUCUUCCUUCGUUCGUUCUUUCGUCCAAGUGCCAGCUAGUGCCGAGUGCUUCGGAUUAAGAUUCAUCGAUCUCGCUCAGCGAGCUGAUCGAUCGACGUGGCUCGCGUUGUCGUCGACUCGGAGAGAUCACCGGUGUAAGUUGCGCGCCAGCCAGCCAGGCGAAUUGAUCCUCAGAAUCAUGAUCAGACUCGUGAGUCUUCUUGUCUUCGUGGUCGGCUUGGCGCACGGCCAACUGAACUUCGAGGGAAACCCGCUCACCGAGUACACCGAUUACACCGCCGAGGAGAGCAGCCUAUCCGAGAGGAGCAGCAAGGAAAGAGUUUCGAACUCCGCGAUAUCGUUGCGCCCGCAGAAACUCUACCCCAUCUUCGAGUCUGAAAAUACUCGGCAACCAUCUGAGAUCAUCGACGAUCUGUUCUCCGUUCAAAAUCAUCGCUCGCAGGACGUGUCCGCGCGGCAGUUGCAAGUCUCCGGCGAUCAGAAUGCACUAAUCGACCCGGCGGAGGUCGCGCUCAACACCUUCUUGAAUUCCAAGACACCCGAGGAGUCCCGCGUGUCGCUCGACCACUUCCUGCGCAGUCAACAAUCGCCAGAGGCCCAACCUCGCUCCUCCGGCAUUAUCUUGACCGAUCAGGACAAGAGACUGGAGCGGAUCGACACUCAACCGGUCAUCCAUCGAGUGGAACAUCAUGAGCGACCGUCCUUGCAAGCGGAGCAACCACAGCAGUCGUUGUUGCCCCAGGCAGGCCAAACGAUUCAGGUUCAGCUGACGCCGCAGUCAGUCAAUCAGAAUUUCGGCUACGCGGCGCAACCGGUUACCCAGGCAGUGGUGCAACCGGUGAUUAGGGCCUCCGCAGGUAUCCUAAGCCCGGCGACGAUGCUGCAUCCGGUGCCUGUCGCGCCUGACAUUCCGGUGAGGAACGACCCGAUGAUGUGGCGGCAGAGGAUGAAGAGGAUACGCGCGAAGCCGGGCGUUCUCGCGCAGGCCAGGGUCGCGCCGAUGUUUUACAAAGGACCUGUCGCAGUGCCCUUCAAAGGUCACGGGCCGGUGGAGGUGAUCUACACGAAACCACCGGGUUUCCGAGGACCAACGAACAUGGUCGCCAACUCGCCGGUACCCUACGAGAAUGCCGGCGCUUGGUUCCCCGACUCCGACUAUCCGCCACCCUCGAAGGACGUCUAUUAUUCCCAGCUGUACGCGCAGUCCUACGACCCGCACUACUACAACUACAUCGCCGCGACCGGCAAAGUCCGGCCGUAUCUGUAUGGCAAGCUCGGCAAGCACAAGGAGGAGCAGGACGAAGGCAUAUGGGCGGAGCUCUACCGCGGCUUCACCAAGCACGGCCUGAAGAACAUCAUGACGCCGACUUUCCUCUUGGGCAUGACCCUGCCGGUGGUGACGCUCAUGCUGUCCGCCCUCGUGCAGAAGCGGUCGAUCGCGAGGGCAGAUGCACGCGACCUGGAUCAGGAGAACGCUCUCCAGGAGUACCUGGAGAGGAUGCAGCGGGCCAUGAUGUGUUAUGGGAGUAACAGGGACGCCUCGACGAAAGACAACUGCUGAAGCCUGCGAGGAGGACGUUACAGACCGACCCGGACGAGUAAUCUACCUACCGAGGAGUUCGCAGAGAGGAGAAACAGAGGGAGAAAGAGAGAGAGAGGAGAGGAGGGAUUUACUUACUCUACUUUAGUAUAUAAAGAUCGCGUCUAUUAAUACGAAGUGCAAGGAUCAAAGACGACCGCGAUCGCGGGGAAAUACUCGACGAGAGUGCGAACUUCGCCAUGUUCCUAGCAAGUUCGAGUUAUCGUCGAGAUAGAAAAGAUCCGAAGCGACGGAGACGUGGUCGUUAAAAAUCACGUACAGGUAAAAUUCUCUUGAUAAGUCUAAUUAACAAGCGCGACAGCCGUCGUGGUCGGCCUUCUCAUUUCAAAGAUCGAAUGUCGGAAGCUUAGUGGUUGAAUUUGCGACGUGACGGAUCCUCGAAAAUUCAUACGAACCGAUUUAUCGACUCGAAAUUCGCACAAGCCCGAUUUGUCAAUUCGACGCGACGAAUUUGCGUAUUUUGCGUGUAGCUUUGCGAAAGAUAACUUGGCUCGUCGCAGUGGGAGUCAUCGCGCACGAGUCACAACAUGCAAGAAGAGCAGAACAAUUGGAGUGGUGGAUCGGAGAAAUUAGCGCUUUUCCCGGUACGAUUUUCAGUGAAGAGGAUUCGCGUUUUUGUGCGGACGGAACGACCGCUUUUCACACAUUCACGGCUCGAUGACGUUUGCUGUAUUCGUACACGCUCGAGCUCCAGCGAUCAUUUCCAGAGCGGGCUCGAAUGAUGACGCGCGCGUAUUCCCGCGGUGUGUUAUUAGUUACGCAAGGCCGGCGUCUCUCCACUGUCUGUCACAACCGGUGUCGGUCGUUAUUGGCGGGCGAAAGAAAAGACAUCGCUGAAACUGUUUUUCCACUACACUCGCCGUGUGAUUUAGGGGAAAUCAAUUGUACGAACGAGACAUGGACCGAGGUGACUCUUCGGCGUCACUUCAUGUCACUGCAUCGAAACACUGUGUACAUAAUAUCUACGUGCAUGUACGUGUGACACACAUGCUGGUGUAUCACACCGCCCACGAAGACACAAUAAUAUAUUCGCGUUAACGAAAGCG